AUGAGCGCCGAUAAUAUUUUUUUUAGUAGCACGCCUUCCCCCACGGCUGCAGCGACCUUCAAUGCGGAUGCUUGUCCCGACUUUGAACAUUGCUACGCACCAGAGGAUUGUUGGGACGCUGAGGCCAACCUCGUAAACAAUUCACCUGAGAAUGGAGGCACUUGCACCUCAUGUUGUUGGAAGCUACUGUGGGGGGUGCUAGGUUCUGGGAUUUUUCUGGUACUGUACGGAGAUUUCUCCGUCAACCGCAAAUCACUAUCCCGGUGGUCACUGGAGCAUGCCAUAGAAUACUGGUACAAUCGGCAAGAAACAAUACUCUAUGAAGCUGUGCAUCCUGAUUGGACUACAGAAGAAAGGGAGGACGAGUUGCGUGAACUGAAAGAUCGAAAAAAGGACAUCUUUACAACUACGAAUGUGCAGGCAAGAAGCCUCCAGAACUUCGGGCUUGACAAUCGAGAUCCCAAUCUCCAGGUACCGGAACUACCAGAAGCAAAGGUGUACACGCCGAAUCAAUACUCUUACGCAUCAUAUUCGUUUUCAGCUGUUGGCAUGACAAGAAACCUCGGAUACAUAUUCACCACUUCUUAUGUCUAUGCAAUCAUGAUAUCAUCGCUGGGGUGGGGACUUGUUUCUUCCGGUUUGAGCACCUUCAUUUGGCUUGUGCGGAGCCAUGGAGAAUUUUGCACGGAACAAGGAUACUACGAGAAAGACUACAUGGGAUUGAGAUGGGAGAUAUCUUGGAACGUCUAUUCUAGGCUGAGGCGAGACUACAUUCUGUUUACAAGCUUCUUGUUUGUAUCUUACAUCGGGUACGUUGCUACCAGAUGGCGCAAUAUUCUCCAAAACUGCUUCGACUUGAGAAAUGCCCUGAAUACGACAGCCAUGUUUUGCGGCGGUGCCAUCAAAAAUCCAAAGCACUUUGAGGGGCAGACGAAAGCGGAUGUUGCUAUGAUCAGAUGCAAGCUACACAAAAUCUACAGGUAUAUGAACAGCGUUCACGCUCUGACGUAUCGCACCGUAUCGCCGACACUACAAGGAUUCACCAUGAGGGAGAGUCUCUGUGAUCAGCUUGGAUUGCUGUCAAAGGAGGAAAUCGAUGAACUUGAGGAAUCAAUCCGAAUAGAAGAGGAAGACUCUGCACGAGCUGUGAUAUUGAGCUGGCUGGUGUCGGCUGUGAUGGAUUUGCUGGAGAGCCGAAGCUUGGCGACUGAAAACGGGGGACCCGAUAUCAGUCUGGUUUACGUGGACACUCCUGCUGUUGGUGCCCUGGCAACUCUGAGACAAGCCUGUGAAGGUCAUGACAAUGCGUCCAUUCUGAACCAACCAAACUUGUACCGAGACACUAUGCUUGUCGCGAUGACACUUUUUAUGAUCAUGGUUAUACUAGGAGAGUCAUUCAACAGUAUGGUUUAUGUUGGGAGAGAUGGCGACAAUGGUGGCGCCAAUCUUUUGCCUUGUUUUCAACCCAUGGUGAUAUUUGCAGUUUUCCUGUUGACUUCCACGAUAAGGGUUUUAUUCCUGGCACUCUUGAUUCUCAAUGAUCCAUUUGAGUAUGACUUUGAAUACAUUAGUGUUGACAACCUGCUGGCCAAAACAGAGCGAGAAAUCUUCAUGCAUUUGAGAGCUAACUUUGGAUGCACCGAGGAUCUCAAUUUCAGAAAUCCUGGUGAAGAAUUGGGAGUUGUGUCACCGAACAAAACCAAGGUCAAUUCAUAA